CCAGCAGCAGCUCACUUCCACGGAAUUAGCCUAUCUGAUGCCGGCACCGGUGGAUUGUAAUUGCGGGCUCGGCAAGGAUCACUACCACUGCGCCCUGGAUCGGUGCGGCGCCACUCUCCGCGAUCCCCGCGAGGUUCGCGAACAUCUGCGCGAGCACGAAACCCAGGAGCGCAUAACCGACGCUUUCUUCGAGGAGGGGGGCUGCGAAGAGUCGAUCUGCCCCUACGCCGAUAAGGAGAAGCACUAUCAUUGUAACUGGGAGAACUGUCGUGAGGUCAUCCUCGCCACAGACAAGCCCUUUCGUAGGCUCCAGCACUACAAAAUCCACGAGUACAGUAGACAGCUCAACCUCUCGUGCGCCUCGCAUCCCCUGUCCUCGGACGUUACCCUCACCCACUUGACCAACAUCGACGCGAUGUUCAGGCGGAAGCGAGGUCGACCGCCCAAGAACAGAGUCAUCGAGAUCUGGAGUGGUGGCGAUCCGACGAGCCACACACAAGAUUCGCCCCAGGCGAUAUUCACUAGCUUCAAGCUACCAAAACCAACGCCCUCGGCCGCAGCGACCACCGCUACCACCACCAUGACCAUCACGCCCUGUCAUAUGCCCGGCGACGACAGGGAAGGCAGCCUCUCACCUACCAAUGGAGAUCCCGUUGGAUUCUCCACUUACAAUCAAGAUGCUUGUCCGGAUCUCUCUUGCGCAUUGCGCUCGAGCAGGCACCACCACUGCUCGCAGCCGCGCUGCCACUUCUCAACCGACCGCCCGGACCAGCUACUCAUGCAUAGCAAGGACUUCCACGACAACGUGGACAUACCGCCGGGAUUUGCGUUCUUCGAUCGUAUGGUCGACUGUCGACUCCCCGGAUGCCACAGCAAUCGCGUCAAUCGCCAUUUUCACUGCACGCGCCCGGGCUGCGGAUAUUCUUUCGUGCGCUACUCGACGAUGGCGCUGCACGAGAAGCAGCACAACGAGGGCAUGUCCGUAGCCGAGGAGACGAUGAUGCAGGAAACGAAGCCCCGGAUACACGUGAAGAACCCGGCGGAGCUCAUCGACAAGCUCAGCGAGAGUCUCGAUGAGGCGAGGGCCGAGCAGAAAGACCUCGAGCUCGCGAGCCCCGGCGACGGUAGUAAUAAGACUACGGUGGUGAGGGCGGCAGGCACCUAUUAUCCGGUCAGCGGACCGCCGAGCGAACCCACACUACCGGGCGCCAUACUAUCCAUGCGAGCUUCCGUGCACCAAGAGCCUACCCAGCUGGCUCCAUCGACGAGCUCGAUCACCUCGCCGACCUCGUCUUCCUCGUCGCAUACGCUGUAUGGGCCCGAGCAGAGCUGUAGCCGCCCAUUCUGCAAGCUGAAACGUAAAAACCACUACCACUGCAACGCCUGCAAUCAGGCAUUUUCCGAGCUCGACCGCCUCGUGGCCCACAUUGCCAAGCAUUCGACAGGCGCGAUCCUCAGCCAGCAGCAGCAGCCCCAACAGCAACAGCAGCAGCAGCAACAGCACCAGCAGCAGACGCCACUGCCGCAGUCGCAUGAGCAACAGCAACAACAGUCGGCGAACAACCACCAACAACUGGUCCACCACGAAUACUUGACGCAACUCUCGCAACAAGCCCAGAAGCACGACUUUAUGGCUCAGAACGUGCAGAUAGCCCAGAACAUCCAAAACUUUCAGAAUCAGAUGCAGCGGCAGAUGCAACAGAGUCUCAAACAGCAAUCUCUACCUUCGAAGGAAAUGAAACUCGAGUCCGGUAAUCAGGUGCAGCAGCAAAUCCAGAGCUCGACCAACAUUAAGAGGGAGCAGCCCGAGGCGCACGAGGUCAACAGUGUCUCCAUCAUCGACAACCACGAGAACGGACAGCAGCCACAGCUGACCCAAGUCAUGGCCGGGCCAAACGUCCAACAAGGGCCACCGAGCUUCGAGCUCGAUCUUAGCCACGGCUUCCACUUUCCCAGCCCAGCCGUCAUGGCCGCCAUGAACCAGCAGAUAGCCCUGAUGAACCAAGCGCUACCGCCGUUCCUCCAGCAUGGCGGUGCCAUGUACGCCGGGGCGCCCGGUCUCAUGUUCGCCCCCGGACUACCACCGGGAAACUUCCUCCCCCCCGGCAGGGACGAGAAUCCCCUGGCCUCGCUUGCUGCCAACCUCAAUCUGACGAAGCGCUCGCUCUCGCCCCCAGACUCGAAUUCUCCGGAGGCGAAGAAGCAGCGACUCCACCACUCGAUGAGGAUGCUCAAGGACGAACCAGUGCCCGAAGGCUACAUCCGCUUCCGCUUUAACGAAGACUGUCGGUACCCGCACUGCGGCUACCGGGAGCAUCAGACUCACUUCCACUGCAUGCGCCAAGAUUGCGGCUAUUCGUUCUGCGAUAAGACGCGGUUCGUCCAGCACACGGCUAGGCACGAAAGGCUCGACACCCUUAUGGGCGGCGACUUCCAGCAGUACAGAGCGAACGUACCUUGUGGCAGAAGCCAAUGCGCCUACACGUCGUCCCUCGGCUCCAUGCAAAACAAGGCCUCGCACUUCCACUGCCUUAAAUGCGACUUCGUCUGCACGGAUACGAAUAAAGUCGUGGCCCACAGGAGGCAGCACGCGAAGCUCGACAGCAUCGCCGCGGCAGGCUUCCAGAAAUUCACGCCCAGUCAACCUUGCGGCGCCGUCCAGUGCCAGCACUCCGGCAAGCAGACGCACUAUCAUUGCCUGCAGUGCCAGUACGCGGUGCUGGGACUGGCCCAGAUGUCGGCCCACAAAUACCGUCACAUGGAUGCUUAGCAUGAGGAGGACCAGCUAUAUCAGCGCCUGCAGAAAAACUGAUAGCGGCUGGUCGCGAGUGACGGGCCCUUAUCUUCUUCUA